GUUUAUGAUUUCACUGAAAGACGCGUCGUACAUAUUCUUAAUCCAAGUCAUAAAGCUCUCGGCCUCGGACAGUUAAAGCCUCCGAAAUGCUUUAAYAUUUACAGUUUGCGUGAUGUUCAAYUUUAUUCGCGACUUUAUUACAAUAUCGUAAGAUUGAAAUGUUAUAAUGGUUUGUCAAUGGAGACAGAUGCCAAAAUGUACAACCUCUCCUCAAAUUUAAUCUAAAAUCCAUAGACGACUGCAAUGGGUUCCUCUUGUAAAGAUUACCUUACAUCAUGGCUUCAAAAAUUCCCCACAUCGACGUUCAAGUCAUUCUUCCACUUAUUUUUGCCAUUAUUUCUUUCUCUCUUUACUCUCCGAUUCGUUGGCCCUAUAAAUGUCGCAUUUGCUGGAAGGAUCGGAACGGCUKCCAUGGGGGCUGUUGGAAUCGCGUAUGGUUUGCUCACUGUCACRGCUACUGGACUAGGAAGUGGAUUAGCUGUCUCAUUUGAAACAAUGGCCGCCAAAGCGUAUGGAUCAGGUCAGCACCAGGCUGURGGUGUCCUUUURCAAAAGGCKUUCCUUUUUGCGGGGUUCCUUUGUGUUUUGGUGACGUCAAUUUGGAUUCACAUCGGUGGGAUUUUGAAACGUAUUGGAAUCCCCUCAAGCGUUGCUGAUAAGACAGAUUUGUAUCUUAURAUGUUCAUACCAUCAAUGCUUGGAAUAUUUUUCUUCAGACUGUUGAGGGCAUAUUUGAUAGUUCAAAAAGAAGUUCGUCCACUGUUUGUAGCUGCACUAAUCGGAGUGUUGCUUUUGGUUCCAUUUAACUUUCUCUUUAUGUACGUCUUCCAUCUUAAAAUUACCGGAAUUGCAAUUGCCAGUGACCUUUCCUAUGGUCUAAUGGUGGUAAUGUUGUUGGGAUUUAUAUUGGUAAGUGGUGUAUACAAGAAAACAUGGCCAGGUUUUACUAAAAUGUGCUUCGUGGACUGGGGAAGCUAUCUGCUCUUGGCACUACCUGGAGCCUUCAAUUUCGUGCUGAAGUCCAGCAUACACGAAGUAGCCCUCAUUGCCAUUGGUACAAUUGGUGAAGUGGAGGUGGCUGCACAGACGGCAUUGUUUACCAUUACGAAAGCAAUUCUAACACUUGCAUUUGCUGUUGGUCAGCCAAUGAAUGUUAACAUUUCCAAAUCCUUGGGCGAAGGCAACGCGGAUGAAGCAAGAAAGACAUUCAUAGUUGGUACUUUGUUCGACUUUGUUGUUACUCUUGCAGUUGCCGCAUGUUUAGUUGGCGUCAAAGACUAUAUCGGCGCAAUUUUCACCCACGAUGUAGCGGUUCAACUCCUCAUCGGUAACGUCACACCGUUUGCUGCUUUGUCUUACAUCCUUGAAUCUGUCACAACAGUAUUCUUCAUAAUCAGUCUACCGUUCCGCUUGCAAUUCCAUUCGACCGCUAUUUACAGCAUUUCCAGUUACGUCAUUGGUCUCCCGCUUGGAAUAACGCUAGCAAUACGAUGGAACGACAUUUCGUUUUUAUGGUGUGGUUUGACUGUCGGGUUUUUGGUUCAGUUUGYGAUGUUUUCAGUGCUUUUUUACUGGAAAGUAGACUUUGAUACCUUAUGUGAAGAAAGACAACAGAGCACACCACUAAAGAAGAAAGAUGGGGAAGAUUCACCUAGAUAUGGUCCUGUAAAAACGAACGAAGAUCAUGAUAUAAAUGAAGAUGAAACUCGGCAAGGACGUUAUGACGUCGAGAAAGAAGCCAAACAAUGCUUGCUUGAUCAGGAAGCGAAAGAAGAAAAAGAAUGCGACAAUGAAGUUACGCUUAAAUUUAUUGGAAAGCGAUGUUUAUUGUUGGCCAUUCCGAUUAUUAUCCUCGUUAUUUCKAUAAUCAUAAGAAUCGAAAUACCCUCAUAAUAUACAUUGCAGUUAUUUUAUAUCUGUCUACAUAUCUAAACCAUCCAUAUGGACAUUUGUUAUGCAUAUAUGAUACUACACGAGCGCUCAUUAAUUACUACUCUUUUAUCUUGAUAUUUCUAGUUAAAGUAUUUUAUAUUUUAUAUAUUAUGACUAUAUGUUAUUGAACGCUGUUGUUUCCAUCACUCUAGCUCAAAUYGUUUCUCAUUUCAACGUCAUAUCAACGGUGGGUGAGUGGGARGAGGAAGAGAGGGCGYACAAMCGUCUCAGUAUGACAACACAUACGAUAGUAUGACGUCAUAUAAUCAUCAAGAUACAAAUAAGGAAAUUUUACGAUUUAAGUAAAUCUAAAGAAAUCAUCUCAUACUGCAUCACUGUGCACAUUUCUAUUUUCGCACUUAAAAGCAUGCAACACAAAUAAUUAAGGAUGCAAAAUAUUCAUAUCAUUAAAUUUGUGAUAUAGUUGAAAACGAAAAUGACAGAAAAAUGAUAUUKGAUUAUUAUUCGCUUAUUGACCAUGUAACAAUAAAUGGCAUUUGUACUUUUUAAUAAAAGGUUUUAAA